AUGCUGUAUUCUGCAGCAGGAGAGAAGUCCUUUCUCCUCUGCAGCAUGUGGUCCUACACGUUAAUUAGGAAGCUGGAAGGGCAUCAGAGCAAUGUGGUUUCCUGUGACUUCUACCCUGACUCUGCGCUGCUUGUCACAGUUUCUUAUAAUACCAGUGUCAUCAUGUGGGAUCCCUGUACUGGAGAGAAACUGAGGACCCUUCAGCAUCAUAUGUUCUACUCUCAGUUGGAUUAUACCCUUGGUGUCCAUGCCAGCUUGCUGAGAUCAGUGCCCUUCUCUCCAGAAGGCUUAUACCUUGCUACAGUGGCUGAUGACAGACUGCUCAGAAUCUGGGCUUUGGAACUGAGAACUCCAGUUGCAUUUGCUCCUAAGACCAAUGGUCUUUGCUGCACGUUUUUUCCACAUGGUGGAAUUGUUGCCACAGGGAUAAGAGAUGGCCAUGUCCAUUUCUGGACAGCACUCAGGGUCCUUUCAUCACUGAAGCACUUAGGUUGGAAAGCCCUUCAGAGUUUCCUUACAACUUACCAAAUCUUAGCCCUGCCAAUCAAGUAA